UAUCAUAGUCCAGCUUCCAUACAGUAUAUUUUCGAAGAGUUUAGUUGUAUCUUUCGAACGUUUUAGUACGGUUUUUGUUGUAAUACAUCAAUUGUUCGUUUUUGUUUGCUUGAUAUUUAGUAAAUAAUUAAUUAUAUUCGCACCCGUUUACAAAGAUAUCGUACUUAUUCGUUAUUGGUCACCAUGGAUAAAGUUAUGACUGAAAAUUCUGCUAUCACAGCAACAGUUGAAUCUGAGGUGAAUAAUUCUGUUGAAUUAGAUACUGAAGAGGGUAAUAAAGAGCCUGAAGUAUUGGUUAACCAAGGAGAUAAAAAACCUGUCUCAACAGUUAAAUCUGAAGAACCAGUUGCCAUCUCUGUCCCCAAUGAAGAACCUCUGAAAGUUGGAGAGCCUGAAAAAUUAGAAUUGGCUGCUGAAAAAUCUACUGAAGAAGUUGAGAAAGUCAAUGAACCUUCACAUGUAGAAGAGACUCCAAUCGCAGUUAGUGAGCCUGUACAAUCGGUUCAGCCAGAUACUUUAGUUGAACAACCUCCACCAACAUCAGAUCAAUUAUUGUCAACAGCAGAUAAUUUAAUGGAAUCUACAGUUCCAACACAAGAAAGUUUAAUUAAACCUACUCAAGAUCAAAUUGUACCAGUUGGUCAAGAAAGUUUAAUGGAAGGUGGUCAACAGCAAGUUAUUCCUGUUACUGAAUCUGUCUCUAAUAAUGAUAUUGUAAAACUUGAUGAUGGUGUUGAUUUAGAUCAGCAAUCUGUUCUAAGUAUGAAAGAUUCUGAAUUAAAAGACUUGGUUAUGAGAGAAUUAUCUGAGUUUUUAACUGAUGAACCAUCACAAAAUGUUGGAACUUCCCUUCUUGAAAUUAAAUCAGAAUACAUAAAAAAUGUUGGUGAAACUAAAAUGGAAAACCUUGAAAAUAAUUUGAAUGUUAAAUUAGAAUCAAAAGAAGUUAAAAAAUCAGAAAAUGAUAUCGCUGAUGCAUUGUCAACAUUAGCAACUGCUGCACUAAAUCAAGCACCUGGAGCUACCAAUGGGACUACGGAUAAUGUAUUGUCUAAACCUAUAUCACAAGCAGUACCAAUUAAACAAGAAGGACCUGCGUGGUGUGAUGUAGGGGUGAUAAAAGGCACUACUUGUUUGGUAAAACAAUUUUACUCAACUUCCAUUACUGAUGAACAUGAAAACACUAGCUUAGAUUUUUUACCAGAUUAUACAAAUAAAUUAAAAAUUGAUAUCCAACCAGGCACAGCAUAUAAACUUCGUAUAGCUGCUAUAAAUGCUUGUGGUCGAGGAGAAUGGAGUGAAAUAUCUGCAUUUAAAACCUGUUUACCAGGUUAUCCAGGUGCUCCAUCUGCCAUAAAAAUAACAAAAGCACCCGAUGGUGCUAGUUUAACAUGGGAAGCUCCACCCACUAGUUCUGGAAAAAUCUUAGAAUAUUCAGUUUGUUUGGCCAUUAAAAACCCCAAGGAAGCUCUACCACAAAGUUCAAAACCAACUUCCACAAAUUUAAAUUUUGUACGAGUAUACUGUGGACCUCACAAUGCUGCAGUGGUUAGUCAUGAGUCCCUUGGCGCUGCAUUGAUUGAUAGGACUAAUAAACCUGCAAUUAUAUUCCGAAUCGCAGCGAAAAAUGAGAAAGGAUAUGGACCAGCAACACAAGUUAGAUGGUUACAAGAUAGUAAUGUACCUGGAUCAAAUAAGAAUCCUUCAAUGAAAAGAGAAAAGAGUGUUAAUCUUUUAACUGGAGUUCCAAAAAGACCUAAAUUAUUAUAAUACCAUUUAUAGUUUCACAUUAUUUAUUUAAUUUAAAUUUAAAUAUAUAGUGA